UUGACGUGUUCCAUAACCUCUUGUUUUUUUGUUAUCUGGAAAAUGCCAACAUAAGCAGAAAAUUAACAGCAAUUAACAGUAUUUUCACGAUGGACCUUCAAUAUUGGUUAUUUUGUGGCUCCGCACUAAUUUUUUCCACUUUUUUAGCUUUCUGUAUAAUAUUGAUAGCAUGUUCCCAAACAUAUCCAAUUAUACACAGAUCGAAAAAAGAAAAGUAUUUUCUUGAUCCUGCCAGUGGAAAAGAGCUAGAAUUUUCGUCUAUUUCCGAAAAACCUACACUAAGUUUAAGUGUAGUAGUUCCGGCAUACAAUGAAGAAGAACGACUACCACCGAUGCUAGAUGAAUGCCUCGAUUUUUUAGAGGAACGCUCAAAAAACAUCAAGUCUUUUAGUUAUGAAAUUAUCAUUGUAAGCGAUGGAAGCAAAGAUAGUACUGUGAAAAAAUCGCUAGAAUAUACCAAAAAAUACGGUUCUAAUAAAGUUAGAGUAUUGGAACUGGAACAAAACAGAGGAAAAGGUGGUGCAGUCAGAUUAGGAGUGUUCAGUACAAGGGGUGCUUUAGUGUUAUUUGCUGAUGCCGAUGGUGCAUCUAAAUUUGCAGACCUUACGAAAUUAGAGAGUAAUAUUAAAGAACUAACAAAAUGUGACUAUAUCAAAGAAUCUGCAAGUAUAGCCGAUAAAUUAGCUAUAGUCAUCGGGUCAAGAGCGCAUUUAGAAGAGGAGGCAGUUGCUAGUCGUACAUUUUUCCGUACCAUACUUAUGUACGGCUUCCAUUUUUUAGUAUGGCUCUUUGCCGUAAAAGGCAUUAAAGAUACCCAGUGUGGAUUCAAACUGUUUACCAGAAGAGCAGCUGAAAUUUGUUUUAGUAGCUUGCAUGUCGAGAGAUGGGCUUUUGAUGUUGAAUUACUUUACAUUGCUCAAACUCUUAAAAUACCCAUCGGGGAAAUUGCUAUUAACUGGACCGAAAUCGAUGGAUCUAAAGUGACACCAGUAUGGAGCUGGAUUCAGAUGGGCAUAGAUUUAGGCCUGAUUUGGCUAAGGUAUACUGUAGGAGCUUGGAAAAUCAAAGAGUUAGUUAAAAACUAAAUUAUUUUGUAUUACUUAAUAUUAAGUAUAAAUAUAAAAAUGUAAGUUAAUAUACAUUUAACAAAUACACUUUACAACUAUG